AUGCCCACUCGUAUCGUCAUCAUAGGAGGAGGCGCAGCUGGUAUCAACACGGCGCAGACGCUCGCCAAGAAGCUCGAACCUUCCGAUGAAACAGAUGUCGUUCUCCUGGAGAAAAGCUCCUACUUCUACCAUGUCGUGGGCGCCCCGCGAGCUUUCGUGGACGCCAAGUACGCGAGCAAAAUGUUCAUUCCAUACAAAAAUGCUAUUCCUAGUCACGCCGUUAAGUUCGUGCGGAUCAUCCGUGGAGUGGCUAGAGGCCUGUCGGUUCACCCGAACGAGGUGUUGUACCACGCUAUUGACAGCGAUGAUAGGGAGGGAACUGUCACGGCGAAACUAGAGUUCGACUACCUCGUGCUGGCAACGGGGAGCACCUAUUCCGUGCCGAUGAGACCUGAGAUCCAGGACUUCGCUCGCUCGGUCGUCGAAGCCAAGCUGCUAGAAGUCCGUGGUCACAUCGAGAGAGCUGAACAGAUUGUGGUUGUUGGGGGAGGUGCCGUGGGCUGUGAAGUGGCAGGUGAAAUCAAGUCCAAGUGGCCAGACAAGUCCGUCACGAUCGUUGAAGCGAACGAGAGACUCGUCUCGGGCAACAACCUCAAUGCAAAGUUCCAUCUCAAGCUCAACAGCUCGUUGAGUAAACUUGGUGUGAAGGUGAUUCGAGGAGAGCGCUUGACAGAACGACUCUGUGGCAACGUCUUUGAAAAACGCGUGGUGCGUACUGAUAAAGGCACAAAUAUUGAAGCGGAUAUCCAGCUUCUUUGCGGUGGGUUUACUCCCGUUGUCAGUCUGGUCCAGGAGCUGGAUGCGUCUCUGAUCACGCAGCGUGGAGCUGUCAAGGUGAACAGUCACUUGCAGGUGGAAGGUGAGGGAUAUGCCCAUCUUUUUGCACUAGGCGAUAUGUGUAGUCACCCUGCACCAAAGAUGGCUUAUAUCGCUGGAGAACAGGGUAAGUUUCUGGCUGGUGAGCUGGCUGCAGUGAUCCACAAGAAGCAGCAAGGAUUUCCAAAUCCUUUCGAGGUGCCAGCGGUAGCCGCGACGAUCUUGCCGUUGGGCCCAUCAGGAGGUGUAUCGCAAUUGCCGGUGUGGGGUGGUGUUGUUGUCGGCGACUGGAUCACGUGGUUGCUGAAGUCAAGAGACUACUUUGCCGGCCGCAUCUGGGCCAGUAUAGGCGCGACAGUCCCAAACUGA